AUUCGACACUUGAGGAGAAGUAGAAGCAUGCCGACCCUGUGGAGGCAGCCGAGUCUGGAGUUCGACGUCAAGGUCGUCCGGGUCGCCGGCGUCGAGGCACGGCUCGAGGGCGGCCUCUUUGUGAGGUACUACGUCCCGGCCGGCGACGGGAGGCGCCGGAUCCGCGUGGACACGCGCGAGGUCCCGUGCGGCGCCGGGGGCGACGACGUGCUCUGGGGCGAGCGCGUGCGCUUCCAGCUGGCGGCCAACGGCGGGGCCGUCGCCUCGCCGGUCAAGGUCGCGUUCGAGCUCCGGUGGAGGCCGCGCUCGUCGUCGUCCGGGCUGGCGGCGUUCCUGGGGACAGGGAGAGGGAGGCCGUCGUCGCGCGUGCUGGCGCGAGCCGAUCACGCCUUGUCGACGGGCGCGGAAUCGGCGUCGGCGGAGAGCUGGCUGAGACUCUCGCCGGCGGGCCGGGAGCUGGGCGGCGGGUGCAAGGCGCCCAAGUUGCUCGCUGAGGUCAAGGUCGUCCACGCCGUAGCGGCUGCCGAUCGCGUAGCCGUGCAAGCGAGGAAGUUCGGCGGCGUGAACGAGUGCUGCCGUGGCGGCGAGCGCUGCGGUAGCUGCGGCUGGGUCGGGACCGAGGAUGACAUGUUCCUUGCGGCGACGUUUACUCAAUAGCAGCACCAAGAUUGUAAUGGUAGGUGAACUUCGUAGGAGGGAGGUGCACCGUGCACGGUACAUAUGGUUUUGUGGUUUUGCUAGCUCUCCCUGCAAGAAGUUGGGGAUUUCAGGCAAACUCA